GUUCCUGGGUCGAAGGUUGCAGGUUGAAAGGGAGUCAGGAGACGGAUGCUAAAGAAAGACAGGAUAGAGAUGGAGAAGAAUGCGUUGGUCGGGGUGGGAGAAGAAGAAGAAGAACAUGAAGACAGAUGUAGGGAGUACAGAAAAGGGAACUGGAGUCUUACUGAGACCAUGGUUCUGAUCGAGGCGAAGAAGAUGGAUUACGAGAGGAGGGCGCAGAGGUUGAAGGAGUUGCCGCGGGGCAGCAGCGGCAUCGGCAGUAGCAGGCCACAAGAGAUGAGGUGGAAGUGGGUGGAAGACUGUUGCUGGCGACACGGGUGCUACAGAAGCCAAAACCAGUGCAAUGACCGGUGGGAUAAUCUCAUGAGGGAUUACAAGAAGGUCAGAACAUAUGAGCUGAGCUUGAGCGCCGGAGGAAACCCAGGUUUAUCUUACUGGAAGCUCGAGAGGCAUGAGAGGAAGGAGAAGAACCUGCCCUCCAAUCUCUUGCCUGAGAUUUACGAAACCUUAACCGAGGUCGUGCAGAGGAGAGCCAUGGCGGAGAAGGCGAGUGGUGGUGGUGCAUGUGUGGCCGCCGCGAGGCCAGUGCAAGAGGAGAGGCAACUCGGGGGCGCCUCAGCUUCGAUGCAGCACAGCAGCCCAGGUGCAGGAUCACAAGCUCCGGAACCGCCAAUGAUUGCGCCGCCCCUUCCUCCUUAUCCUCCGUCACAUUCUCGACCAAUGGCCACCAUAGAUUCCGAAGACAGUCAGCAUUCAGUAUCACCAGAGAGGAAGAGAAAACGAGGAGGAGGAGGAGGAGGAGGCAGCAGCAGCAGCAGAAGCAACACCAUGGAGCUGAGUUCUGCGAUCUCGAAAUGUGCUUCGAUCAUAGCAGAGGCGCUGCAAGCAGGAGAGCAGAAGGAGGAGACCAGGCACAAAGAUCUGGUGAGCAUAGAGGAGAGGAAGGCCAAACUGGAGGAGUCAAAGUCAGAGAUGAGCAGCCAGUCCAUGGAUGGCCUGGCUUCUGCCAUCAACAAGCUUGCCAGCUCAAUCCUUGGUUUGGCCACUGACAGGAUGCAGAAGCUCCAGAAAUAAAUGAACAAAGAACCUGAUUGUAGGUGUCACACAAAAGUCCAGGGCCAGGAAAGGAGAGUGAUUUGGUACACUCACCACUGGCUAAGCUCCUCCAUCAGCCAUUCCAUUCUCACUUCCAAUCAUUAAUCAUGCUGGGCUUGUGGGAAUCUCUGCUGUGACUUUGAGGUCAUGAUUGCUUCACAACUGCUCAUGGAGAGAGAUGCUCUCUCUCUCUCUCUCUCUCUCUCUCACUCUGUGUGCAUGGCACAUGACACAGUGGCAUGAAAAGGGUGGGGAGCUGCAGAGAGAUUGAGAUUUGUAUGUGUCAGUUUAGAUAUAUGUAUUCUGUGCUGAACUAGGUAGGUUAUCUCUAGCUAAAUCUACUUAGAAAAAGUGUCAGUGCUUGGAUUCACCAAAUCACUCGAAAGCCUCGAGGAGAGAGAGGUGGCUUUUACUUUUGUGUCAGAGAUGCUUUGUUUUGUUGUAUCUGUGAACCCACCCACAAGUACUUGGAAUGCAGGGGGAGACAGUGCAGUGGUCAAAGCAAUUUGUUGUGGGAAAUUACAGCCAUGCCCACACACACACUCUCUCUCUCUCUCCUCUGUGGAUUGAAUGAGUCCUAUGAGUUGG